AUGCAGGAGACCAAGCGCGGGCUGACCGAGAGCCUGGGUCUGAAGCUUUGGUGGGUGUUGGCCGCCUUAGCACAGGUGAUCACAACUUACGACCGUGCCUCCAAGCCUGGUGGGGUGGCGCUGGCUUUCGAAGCUGUGGAGCUCCUGCUGUGUGUGGCAUCCGCAGCGGCGUACCUGGCGCCCUCUGGACGCCGUGGCUCCACCCGAGAGCCGCCGCUUCUCAGCGAGGAGGAUGGGAUUUCAAUGGUUGGUGGUGGGGGAAGAUUUGCACGAAGCUUGAGCACCCGCGAACCUUCUCCUGAGGACCAAGUGGGCAUCAUCGGUUGGCUGGCCUUCAGCUGGUUCACGCCCAUUGUCGACUUGGCUUUCCAGCGUGACAAGGAGAGCGGGAAGCUUGAGCCCACCGAUGUGUACCCGCUUACCAACAGGAACGUGGCGAACAAGCAGCUGGAGCGUCUGGACCAGCAGUGGCAGGUGGAACUCCAGAAAGAGAAGCCCGCGCUCCUGUCUGCGAUGACGAGAGCAUUCUUCACCGAGGUAUUCAGCACGGCUUGGGUCAAGCUCCUCAACGAUGUGCUCCAUUUUGUCGGACCCUUCCUGCUCAACAGGAUCAUCAACUUCGUCAAGGGCACGGGCGAAGAAGCCGGAGAAGAACAGUGGGUUGGGUAUGCUUAUGCCGUCGGAAUGGUGCUGUCGUCAGCUUGCCAGGCUUUUCUUAUGGCCCACUACUUCCAGGGGGGCUAUCAGACGGGAAUGCGCUUGCGCACGGCCUUGAUCCUGAUGUCUUACAGCAAGGCGCUGCGAGUUUUGCCCUGGCCCAGUCCUCCCCCGCCGGAGGAGGCCGUUCCGGCGCAGACAGAGACUGAGACCCGGAGAUGCUGCAAAAAGAAGCCGCCCAAAAAGAAGCCCAGCCUUCCAACCGGCGGCAUGGGGCAGAUGACGAACAUCAUCUCCGCUGACACGGACAAGUUCACUUUUCUCAUGCCGUACUUCAACCUUAUCUGGUCUUGCCCAUUGCAGAUUAUCAUCUGUUUCAUCAUGCUCUUCAACUACGUGAGUUGGUCACUCUUCGCCGGUGUGGUGGUGAUGAUCGGAUUCACCAUCGUCUCCAGCACCGUCGCCGGGAAGGCCAGGAAGAUCCAGCAGGAGGCCAUGAAAGCUAAGGAUGAACGGCUGAAGAUGGAAGUGGAACUCCUGAAGAUAGUGAAGAUCAUCAAGUUCUACGCGUGGGAGCUGGCCAUCGAAGACAAGGUGAAGCAGCUCCGGAACCAGGAGCUGGCGCUGCAGCUGCGCUACAAGCUCUGGAACGUGGCUCUCUUCCUGUCCUUCUCCCUGAGCCCAGUGCUCGUGGCGCUGGGUACCUUCGCCUGCUACACGCUCGCCGAAGGUAAGAACUUGGAUGCGGCCACUGCUUUCACCUCUCUGAGCCUCUUCAACAUCCUCUCAUUCCCACUAGGUGCAAUGCCCAUGAUGGCGCGCUUCUUCAUGGAGGCCGCCGUGGCCAAGGACCGCAUCGAGGCCUUCCUGCUGAGCCCAGAGGUCUCGGCGCGGCCGUCGGCUGCUGUCACGAAGGGCCGGGCUCUGGAGCUCAAGGCCUCCAAGCUCCAAUGGCCAGACAAGACCCUCCUCUUGGAGGAGGUGGAGAUCUCCGUGGCCCAGGGCGACAUGCUGGUCAUCGUGGGAAAGACAGGUGCUGGCAAGUCUGGGCUGCUCUAUGCCUUGUUGGGCGAGCUGCCCAUUCCCGCCGAGGAUGGCAAGACGUACCUGACCGGUAGCAUUGGCUACUGUGCUCAGAGCGCCUGGAUCCGCAACGCUACGCUGCGUGACAACAUCACCAACAGCCCCUCGCUUGAAGCUGACGAGCGCUACGAGGUCGACGGCUUUCCAGCGCAUCGUCCCCAGCCCCCAAGCCCCACCGAGCCAAACAAGUCUCAGAAUGGUCCCUUGAACGCAUAG